AGAUUUGAAACAGGCGAAUAGUGAGCUGCUGUUGGAAGUAUAUUUCACUUGGUGUCACAGAGAGAAAGACAGUUUUCCGGCCAUGCAGCACUACGGGGUGAACGGCUACUCCCUCCACGCCAUGAACUCGCUGAGCGCCAUGUACAACCUCCACCAGCAGGCGGCGCAGCAGGCGCAGCACGCGCCGGACUACAGGCCCUCCGUGCACGCUCUCACUCUGGCAGAGAGACUGGCUGACAUUAUUCUUGAGGCCCGCUAUGGCUCCCAGCACCGAAAGCAGCGGCGCAGUCGGACGGCCUUCACCGCGCAGCAGCUGGAGGCUCUGGAGAAAACCUUCCAGAAGACGCACUACCCCGACGUGGUGAUGCGGGAGCGCCUGGCCAUGUGCACCAACCUGCCCGAGGCCCGCGUGCAGGUCUGGUUCAAGAAUCGUCGGGCCAAGUUUCGCAAGAAGCAGCGUAGCCUGCAGAAAGAGCAGCUGCAGAAACAGAAAGAAGCAUGUGGAGGUGCUGAUGGCUCAACAGAGGACUCCAAGACUGACCUCACAGCCACCACCAACACCACCAGCAGCACCAGCAGCACCCUGGCUCCCGAGCCCCGUACUCCCCCGCCUCCCUCCUCCUCAUCGUCCUGCCAUUCAGAGACGGAGCGACUGGCGGCACCAAGGCCCCAGUGUGGGGAGAUGAGUGUGGAGGUAAACGUCACCUCCCCUGAGCCGUCAGACAGCGAGUCAGCAGUGGAAGAUAAUGCUGACAGGGAGGAGGACGAAAUGAGGGGGGAGAUGAGGGUGAAACUAAGAGAGGAGACUCAGGGGGAAGGAGGAGUGCCGGCAGGGAGAAGCUCCCCAUCCUCCAAACGGCUGAGCCCCACACCAGACUCUCCUCUGAGCUCCCCUGCCUUGCCGUCCUCCAGCAGUGUGACCAGCGGUUUGGCACAGAGCAACUCCUACGCCUCGUCUCCUCUCAGCCUCUUCCGGCUGCAGGAACAGUUUCGGCAGCACAUGGCUGCCACCAACAAUCUGGUGCACUACCCGUCCUUUGACAUGAGCACGCCGUCCUCUCUCCCCUACCUGGGCAUGAACGUCAACAUGCCUUCCCCCCUGAGCUCGCUGCCCUGCCAGUCCUACUACCAAACCCUGUCGCAAGCCCAGCAGGUAUGGAACAGCCCGCUGCUGCAGCCGGCGCCAGGCGGCCUCCCGGGAACCCUCAACAGCAAGACCACCAGCAUCGAGAACCUCCGUCUGAGGGCCAAGCAGCAUGCGGCCUCGUUGGGACUGGACACACUCCCCAACUGAAGCCCGGGAUACCCGGUCGGGCCUCGAAGUGAGGGCUGCAGCU